AAUGAAGAAGGCCAACAGAAAGAAAGGUUCCGAAAUAGACGAUGUCCUUGGACGAAAUUUGUUAAUGGACGAUCUCGAAAGUUUAGAUAAUCGGGACAACGAAAUGCGUAGACCCCGAUUGGGGAAGUUGUCUAGAGGAUCGAAGGAUGCUUAUUUAGAAGACUAUGACUUUGAACCUCGUUAUCGAACCCCACAAACUCCUGCUAGACAUAAAAGGGCCAGAUCGGGUGUUUGGGAGAGAAGCAUGAUGAGCACAGACAGUUUAGUCAAUUCGUUGUCCGGUAGUCGAAAAAUAACUGUUUCGGCCCCGGACCUUGUCCAUUUGGGGGUUCAACUAACUCCCGCCCAACGCCAAGCUAUCAAUAGAUCAACUACUUUGGCCCUUCUCCGCGCCACAUCACGGGCAAAUUCUAAGGGAAAAAUUCAUAGCAUUCGCUGUUAG